AUGACAAAGAAUAAAAAGGAAACUCCCACGACAAAGGAGAAACAAAUUCCACGAGAAGGAAGGAAGAUGAACCGGUCAAGAGGCAAAAGGGCACAAGGACAAGAGGCCGAGGAAAGAGUUGAAAUACAAAAUUCACAGAAUAAAUUGAAAGAAAGUCGCGAAGACGAGGAGAUGGCCCGGUUAAAGGAAGAACUUUAUCAAGAGAGGCGAAGAAAAGAGGAUCUGGUCAGGGAACGAAUAAGAUUAGAAAGGGAAACUGAGAAGUUGAUCAUCAGAAAUAAUCAUUUGAAAAGAAAGCAGGCAGAUAGUAAUAUGCAGGAGGAGAGAUAUGCUAUGGGAGAAGCACGAACUAAAGAAAGAAAUUAUACGCGAAAACGAGAAGGCUUGGGACGAGGUGAGCAAAAGGAGCGAGAAGACUUGAAGAAGGCCUUAGGAAGCGGCAUAAGAGAAUUCAGGGAAAUGGAGUAUCGAAUGCAACAAUGA